UAUGCUUUUGUGGUUGAAAUGUUUCUGCACACUUAUUAUCCUAACCAUCGCGAAAAAUUCGAGUGCGGAAAUUCCGCCCUGCAAAUACGAUGAAACCAUCAAUAUUUCACAUGUUAAACGGUUCAAUGAUGCCUAUAUCUAUGAACAUAUUGAAAUUCCUACUAACCUGACCGGCAAAUUCGACUAUCAGGAACUAAUGGGUGGUUCCAAAGUUCCGGUAAAAAGCAAUUUGAGAGAGAUCUGCACAGUUAGGCCCUGCAUUCGAAUCUGCUGCGCCUACAAAAAUAUUUUAAGCAAUGGAGAGUGUAAUGAUGGCGUAAAGAAGGAAAUUAAAUUAACAAUGUUGGACCGAACAAGGGAAGAUAUAUUGAAGAAGGCUCCACCAAUGGCGGAGUUGAAUAUGGUACCGCAGCAUAAUUCCACAAAAUUGAUGGUUUUAAGGGAUCAGUUUCAGCCAUGCGACGAAGUUGUCAGCCUAAAUAGAGAUGAGUACAAGAUGCUAAAGGACGGAUCCAUACUCCUCCGCAAAUCUGCAACAAUCUUGUCCAAUGAUGAAUACUGUCUUUAUCCCGAAAUCUAUUCUGACUUUCCGGAAACCAUAUGGAUUAUUAAUCGAAGGUGCUUCAAAGUCGUAUUUCCAGGAACCCCCGAGCUUAUGAUGAUAUCGGUAGGAUUCUAUAUUAUUACUCUGACUGUUUAUCUUUUCGUUAAGAAGCUUCGAAAUUUACUUGGAAAGUGUCUAAUUUGCUACAUGUUUUGCUUGUUCGUGGAGUAUUUUAUUUGGACAUUGGAUCACUUUAGAUUAGUACUACCCAUUUGCGCUGCCGCAGGAUACAUCAAAUAUUACUUUUCCCUAUCAUCGUCGUUAUGGAUUUCUGUGGUCAGCUUCCAUUUGUGGGAACUUUUGACUUCGCUGAAUCGUGACGAGCCACGGUAUCGAUUCCUGAUUUAUAACACCCUUGUUUGGUGUACGGCUGCUAUUCCUACGGGAGUGAUUUUUUCAAUGAACCAAAUGUGGGAAAAUAAUCCUGAUAAACCAGAACGGAUGCUCUUUCUCGGAUAUAUUGGGUGCUCGGUUACAGACUGGAAAUUGUCUUCAUGGUUGCACAGUUAUAUCCCGAUAGGAAUUCUAAACAUUUUUAAUGUAAUAAUGUACGUCCUAACAGCCAUUCACAUUUGGAAAGUAAGGACGGAAGUCAAGAGGUUCGCCCAAAUGGACCAAAGCUCUACGACGUGUCUUGAAAUCGAUUUUCCGACUUACAUACGGUUUCUGCGACUUUUUCUGGUUAUGGGCGCGCAUUGGCUAUUUGACCAACUUGCGCAAACGGUGGAUUAUUAUAUUAUGCAGGACAGUAUAUUUAUGAAUUUAACCGUUUACGUAAAUGCCACCUAUGGAAUAAUCAUAUUUGUUUUGCUUAUACUGAAAAGCAGCACACUUAAAAUGAUAAUGGAAAGGUAA